AUGGCGUCCUACAUAGAUGAUGAAAUCGAGGGCACCCUUGGUGGGGGCCCCACGGAAGGCGGCAACCUUAUGGGUGCAACUUCCUUGGACAUGACACAGGCUCCCAGCAGGCGCGCUGCAACAUCCGUCGCAACUGCCACAGCCACCGAGGCAGAUAUCGACCAUCGAGCAGAGGCCUUAGCGCAGCAGCAACUGGGGAUCGAAAGUUCAAGGGAGAGGACCGCCAGAGUCAGAGCGCUCACCGAAGUCUUUCAGCAAAGUCUUGCCGCUCUCCCCGGUGUCGUGCAACAGCUAGACGUGUUGCAGCAGUCUGCAGCUGCAAUCUGCACUGGUUCUGCGCCCCCUCCCCAUAAGGAGGGACGUUUACCGGUCUCCUCUGGGCUGUCUCCGCGGCUCCUUCUUCCGGUGGCAGACUUAGUCUCUCUGACAGACUUCACCUUCUACGCGCAUCCCAUCAUAUCGCAUCCCUGUGCUGCCCUGCCUGCCUUGGAAGCGGCAGUCGCGGAGGAGUGGAAAGCUCGAGGCGCAUUGGGGCCCCCGCCGCGCGUGGGUGUCUCCGGCUGGCUGGGCACCGAUCAUGUAACGCCUAGAGGCCUUAGCAGCAGCAAACUCAAUCGACUGGUGUGCGUGGAGGGCGUUGUGAAUCGAUGCUCUGUUGUUCACCCGAAGUUGCAACGUGCGGUGUACCUAACCGAGUCCGUGUUACAGCAGCCUCCGCAAGGCGCCGGAGGGGCCCCCGAGGGGGCCCUCCCCGAUCCAGAGAGAGAGGUGCACCUGCGGAGUUUCUUUGACGCCACCGACUUGGACAAGGACAUUCGAGACGCUCAGCCUCCACCCGAGAAAGAUCCGGAGGGGCGGAAAGUGAACCGCCAGGAAGUUGGCUACUGCCAAUACGAGAACCACCAGAAAUUCUACAUUCAAGAAGCCCCCGAAACAUCCCCAACGGGGCAACUGCCGCGAUGGGUUGAAGUGGCGGCAGAGGGUGAUCUCUGCGACAGCAUAAAGUGCGGCGAUAGAGUGCGCGUUUACGGCGUCUACCGUCCCCGUGCAGGCCCAGUGAACAACCAGACAAGCGGCUAUGUGCGGCCCUUGCUGGUGGCAAAUAAUAUCGAGGUGCUGAGUGCAGCCGCGCGAGCUUCCAUGCUGCAGUCCGUGCCGGCAGACUUGUUGAACCUGAAGGCAUUUGCCAGCCGAAAAGACCUUCUUCAGGUCCUGUCACGCUCACUAGCGCCUGCAGUUUGCGGCCACGAGACCAUCAAGCGAGGCUUGAUGCUCAUGCUGAGUGGAGGUUCGGAGCGAAGGAGCCAGACAGGGCAUCGCGUGCGCGGAGAUAUUCACGUCUUGUUGGUCGGUGAUCCUUCAGCGGGGAAAUCGCAGCUUCUGCGAUUUGUGCUUGGGCUCGUGCCAGGCGCAGUGAGCGCCACGGGUCGUGGCAGCAGUGGUGUCGGUUUGACUGCGGCAGUUGUUGCCGAUCCGGAUACGGGUGAAAGAAGAGUGGAGGGAGGUGCCAUGGUGCUGGCCGAUCGGAGCAUUGUCUGCAUCGACGAGUUCGACAAGAUGCAGCAUUCGGAUCGCGUAGCCAUUCAUGAAGUGAUGGAGCAACAGACAGUCACAGUCGCCAAGGCAGGGAUCCACACGACCCUCAAUGCCAGGUGCUCGGUGCUGGCGGCAGCCAACCCACUCUAUGGCUGUUGGAGUUCUGAUUUGUCCUUUCGCUCGCAACUCGCCUUCGAGGAUUCUCUAAUGACGCGUUUCGAUCUCAUCUUUAUCGUCAGAGAUGCCACCACUAGCGAAGAGGACGACCGGCUAGCCGAGGCUGUUCUGAGGAAUGUGACGGAAAAGGCGAAGCCAGCAGCGGCGGCGACGGCAGCUGAGGAGCGAAGAAAUCAGGCAGACGGCUUCAUUCAACCCCAGGGAGACAUGCACAAGCAGAGCAACCCCUCCAGGACAGACACGCAGCAGGAGGAACAAGAGCCAACGAGGGCCUUCUACCGUCGAAAUGAAAUGCUCUACUAUGACAAGCAAGGGCACGAACAUGAAUGCUUGACGCAUGAAUUCCUGCGUAAAUACAUCGCACUGGUGCGCAGCGGCGGCCUGACGGAUAAUGAGCAACAACAGCCCCAAGAGCAGCAACUGGAAGGACCUCAGCUAUCAGACGACGCGGCCGCUGCCUUGGUGGAGUUUUAUGGGGAAAUUCGGCAGCGAGCGCAUCAGCAAAAAAAGGGAGGUUCGGAGGAGGGCGUGGCCGCUUCCCUCAUGCAGGCCGUGACUGAGGACGUGCGGGUGUCGAAGCAGCUGUUGCUAUUUAGCCUCUUUGGGGAGGCACUGGGAGGGGACUCUGGAUGUGCAGGCAGCGGGUCCGAGGGAGAGAGCAGCGACGCACAGGAAGAAAGUGACGACGACGAGUCUGACGCUGAUGAAGACGAUAUUCCUGUCAGACGAACGACAGCAGCGGACAGAGCACUUCGCUGGGCACCUAGCAGCGCUCUUGCGGGAAUUGCUCGGGGGCUGCGGGAAGAUGGGACUACUGCCUCCGCUAAGGACGCCAGAACCGCUGCUGAUGUGCCUUCUCGCACUGCUACAGAGGAUGAAGUGGCCUCACAGUUCGAAGGGCUUGGCCUCGCCGAGUCCAAGAAGCGGAGAACCCGCAGGGCAGUAGACCCCCAGGAGCGCCAAGGGGCCCUUCAGGCACUACACGCUCAAGGCUUGAGCGGCGACGUUCUGCACAGUCUGAUCACCAAUUGCUUAAAGGAACUUGAUGAGGGGAGCGGUGUUAGUGAAGCUGCCCUCCUCAAAGCGGUGGCCGCUCGCGCCGAGACGAGAAACCUCAGGGCCCCCACAGCCGAGGAGUUCACCACCGCCCUCCAAGAACUGAACUCCAAGGAUUCAGCACCCAUUCUGGUGCAUGACGGCCUUGUGUAUGAAUGCUAA